GUCCACCUCGUUCACAUCAUUGACCAGCACCACGAAUGUGACGACAACAGUCACUACGACAACAUCUGUUUCCAAGACCACCUCAUUCACCACAACAAGAUCUACAACGUCAUUAUCAGCUACCUCUUCCACCUCCUCAAGUUCGACUUUCAGCAGCUCAGUCUCCAGCUCUUCCAGUAGCACCUCUCAAAGU